UUCGAACGAUUGACGAUGACGAACGUAUAAAGAGCAAUAUUUAAACAAAUUAAACUCAUCAUAAACGAAACGAAGUAUACAGUGCAGUGCGUCCGUUGUAUCCAUAAUCGAUUACGUGCAUUUACGCCACCGGGCGACUCAAAGUCGCGGUCGCCGCCAACAUAGACCGUCACGUCGACGUUCUGCAGUCGCCGAGUUGGAGGCCAUCUAAUAUUUGACAGAGGCGUAAAGAUGACCGCCUCGGACAAGUAUACGUAUCAGCGGACUGUGCUCUGCCUAGCGCGCGUACUGGCUGGCAUACAGCCCACCCCAUGGGACAAGGUGCAGACCCUGUUUCGCUACUGCCCGCAAGAGAAUGCAUCUGGCGUGUUUUGCCUGGACUCCAGAGCACAAGAUGCAGUCAUCGCAUUGGGCAUUUACUUCCUGGAAGGCGGCUGCCAGCAUGAGUCACAGAUAGUGCCGUAUCUGCUGCGUCUGGCCAAGAGCCUGCCCAAGGCAAGAAUACACGAUGAACGCCACAGUAAAGUAGAGCGUGUGCGGAUACCCGCAGCAGAGAAGUUCAGCUUCUGCUUGAACACCCUGCUCUCGGACAUAGCAGCCAAAUGCCCGGAGCUGCGGGAGGAGAUCAUACUGAACCAGGUCGAAACACUGGGCACGCUCGCCAACAUUGUGAAGCCCAGCAAGGAUUCUAGCAACUCCACGCCGUCGCCCUUGGUGCUGUGCAAUGCGACGGUUCCGCUGCUCUUUGGCUUGGCUCGCUCGAUGGGCCGCUAUGCCAGCAACAAUCCGCCGUUGCUGUGUCGCAUAUUUCCACCCGAGCAGCUGCCCACGCAGCGAGUCAGCGCCAGCAGCGCUGGCAGCAGUGGCUCAUUCAGCAGCAGCGAACGCCUGGCGAGUACCCAGUUUCGGCCCAUCAUACCUCGGUCGAUGUCGGGCAGCCUGGCCCAUAAUAGCGCCCCGGGCGAUGAGAGUCGCAUGCGUUCGGCGGUGAGCAAACAGAAGCCGUCGCUGCAGAGCUAUUUCUCGGUGCCCUACGAUCCACGCACGCACUUCUUCACGCGCUACGGCUCCAGCUUCAAUCAGUUCCCACACAUGCGUGUCAACCUGUGCGAAUCGCCUGGCAAGAGCGGCCCAAAGCCGCUGUACCGCGUGCCGCCGUUUCCCAUACAGCAUUUGCAGACCAUCUUUGCAGUGUCCAAGAAGCUGCUAACCAAAGAUACGCUCGAGUAUCUGGAUGAGCUGGGCAGCGAUAUAUUCUCGAUGCACUUGAAGAAUGGCAACUGCUACAAGAGCUUCUCUGAGAUGCUGAAUCUGGUGCUAGUCACACUGCUGCGCGAGCUGUUGCAGCAUCAGAUCGACCUGCCCACGCCCUUCACCAAGGACGUGCAGGAGUUCGUCAAGCGGCUGUUCCUCAAUGGCCAAACGGAGCUGCAAAACAAGCAGCAGGACCAGGAACGCGAGCGUCGCGAAGAGAACGGCAUCGCCGUCGUCAACAAGUACAAGAUCAACGUGAUGGCCAACGCAGCCUGCGUGGACCUCCUCGUUUGGGCCAUACGAGACGAGACGGAGGCGGACAAACUGUGCGGGCGCUUGUCACAGAAGCUGAAUCUGGUGCUCAGUCACAAGAUCGUCAUGGACCACAUGCCCCUGUUGAUGGUCUGCUUGGAGGGCUUGGGCAAGCUGGCGCAGAAGUUUCCCAACAUUGCUGGCACUUCGAUAUCAUAUUUGCGCGACUUCCUCGUCGAUCCCAGUCCGAUACUGGGCAAGCUGCACGCGCACGCCAUGCAGACGAUGGCGUUGCAGAAGAAGGAGAAGGAGCUGACUCCCUUCAAAAUCGUUGUGCAGCAUUCCGAUUCGCGCUCGAUUGUCGACAUCUUCGGCGACAAUCAGAAGCAGACGGGCACUGGGCGCAGCGGCUACGCGGCAUUCGAGGCACUGCGUGAUGCUGCCAUCGAGAAUCUGUCGAUUGCUCUGCGAGCAGCCCACACGCUCGACCAGUUCUGUGUUCCCGCUCUGGUGGCAAACGUAUCAAAUCGCCUCUUCACGGCAGAGAAGCACGAGAGCGAAUCGACGCUAGUCAGCCUAAACAUCAUUGUAAUGCUGGGCCAUGUGGCUGUGGCGCUUAAGGACACCUCGAAGACCACACAGAACAUACUGCAGUUCUUCAUACAGCGCUUCUGCAAGGUGCCGUCGGAGCAGAAUGCGCUGAUCGUCGAUCAGCUGGGCUGCAUGAUCAUAUCGCAGUGCGAGACGCACAUCUUCGAUGAGAUCAUGAAGAUGUUCUCGCGCGUCACGGUGCAGUCGGCGUCGCAAGCAUACACCUCCGACCCGGAGCACCGUAAGCAGUACCACCAUGUCUCCGAUGCUGUGGUCAACGCGCUGGGCAACAUUGCGGCCAACAUACAGGGCGACUCAGAGAUGCUGGAGCUGCUGGGCAAGCUGCUGGAGCUAUUUGUCCAGAUUGGACUCGACGGCGAGCGCUCGUACGACAAUACGCCGGGUGCCCAGAAGGCGAGCUCGCGUGCCGGCAAUCUGGGCAUGCUUAUACCGGUCAUCGCUGUACUCAUGCGCCGUCUGCCACCCAUUAAGAAUCCGCGCCAACGCCUGCAUAAGCUCUUCAGAGACUUCUGGGCCUACUGCGUGGUCAUGGGCUUCACAAACGCUCGUCUCUGGCCAGCUGAUUGGUAUCAGGGCGUGCAGCAGAUCGCUGCCAAGUCGCCGCUGCUCAUUUCCCAGACGGCCCACAAAUCGGAUAUGCGCGAGCUCAACUAUACGCUGGCCAUCAAGAGCGACUCGGUCAACGAGCUGCGCAGCCAGAUCCUGAUGCUGCUGGAGAACUCCUCCGACAAUGUGGCUGCUUCCAUAAACAAGCUUAGCUUUGCCCAGUGCACGUACCUGCUCAGCGUCUAUUGGCUGGAGAUGCUGCGCGUUGAGAACGCGGACGAACCCAGUCUGGAGCCCAUCCUGAGCUACCUCUGCGACACGGCGCUGCAAAAGGACAAAACCGGCAUCUGGCAGUGCGUCAAGUGUGUGGCGGACCAGGUCUUCGAGAAGUUCCGUAAUGUGCUGUACGCUCACGACGAGAUCAGGGAGAAGGUGCUGGAGUCGCAGGCCACGCUGCUGCUGGUCUACUUCAAUCACAUACACAAGCAGAUCCAGCUGGUGGCGGAUCAGUAUCUCUCGCAGCUGGUGGAUCGCUUUCCACAUCUGCUGUGGAAUCGCCGCGUGCUGUGGUGCAUGCUGGACAUCUUGCAGCUGUUGGCCUACUCGCUGUCACUGGACCCCAACGAGGAGACGCCGACGUUGCGGGUCGUUUCGACGCCGUACACGCUGCAGCUGAUGGACUCGCUGCCGGCGCGGGAGCUGCGGCUGAAGGACUUCGCGGACCGUUGUCAGGGCAUUGUGAACGAGGCGAUGAAGUGGGCGCCGCGCUCCACGCGCUCCCAUCUGCAGGAGUAUCCCAACCAGAUACCCACGCCUGUGCUAGCCCACCACAGUGGCCUGGCACUGGCAUUUGACUCGGUGGUGAACAGCAGCACUCUGCACCCGGGCAAUACGCUGAGCACGCUCAGCAAGCGGCCCAGCUGCGUCAACUCGGACACACCGCGCUUUGUGUCCGUGCUCUGCCUACGCAGCAAGUACGCCGGCGAAAUCAGCGGCCUGCUCUCCGUGCUGAGCGAGCAGGACAAGGUGGGGCUGGCCGACCGACUGGUCAGCGACGUGUGGGGCGCCUGCGCCGAGAAGAGCGAUGCCAGGCAUCGCGGCGCGCUGUGGCGGGCCACCGCCUACCUCAUCAUAUGUGCAGAGGUCGAUCGCAAGCUGCUGCACGCGGUGGCCAGCUCGCAGCUGGAGCUCUUCACGGAGUCCGCCAUGGAGACGGCCGUCGAGUGCUGGCAGUGGGUGCUGACGGCACGGCAGGAUCUGGAGCUGUGCUUCAUACAGGAAAUGGUGAGCGCCUGGCAGACGACUUUCGAGAAGCGCUUGGGCCUGUUCGCCUGGGAGGUGGAGAUCACCCAUCCGCUGGCCGCCUACGAGGGCUGCAAGCUGGUGAGCAAGCCCAUCUUGAUAGCGCCGCACCUGAUCUGGCUGCAGCUGCUCUCCGAGAUGGUGGACACGGCCAAGUACUGCAAUCGCGACAAGGUGGAGAUGUUCUGCCUGCUGCUGCAUCGCUGCCUGCCCAUACUGAAGAACAGCCGGCAGAAUCGGCAAGUGGCUACCGUCGGCUGCCGGUUCAAGCUGCUGCAGUGCGGCCUCUCCCUGCUCCAAGGCAAUACGAUACCCAAGUCAUUGGCGCGCAACAUCUUGCGCGAGCGCAUCUAUUCCAACGCCCUCGACUACUUCUGCGGCCCGCCCACGUGCCCCAACCAGAGCCGGGAGCAGCUGCUGGAGGACAUCCUGAUCUUGCUCAAGUUCUGGCAGACGAUGCGCAGCGAGAAGAAGCAUCUGGUUACCUCGGAGGUGGGCGACUAUGACAUUACCAGCACCUCGGUCAGCUCCACCCAGAUGCUAGCCGUGCGCAACAACCCGGAGACCGCAUCACUUAUCAGCGGCGGCGCCGACUACGCGCGCUCCAUGAGUGCCACGGGCAAUACGGGUGGAUGGUACAACACCAUUCCGCACUCGACGUCGACCUUGUCGAAGCGCUCGAAUCGCUCGAAACGGCUGCAGUAUCAGAAGGACUCCUACGACAAGGACUACAUGAAGAAGCGCAAUCUAAUACUCGAGCUGCUGGCCGUCGAACUGGAGUUUCUGAUCACCUGGUAUAAUCCGAACAGUCUAACCGAUCUGAUAGUGCCAGGCGAGGAACAGAUCACGGAAUGGCGGAAUCGCCCAUACAAGCCAAAUGUCUGGCGGGACUAUGCGCGCUUGGCUUGGUGCUACAAUCCAGCUCUGGCCGUGUUUUUGCCGCAGCGCAUCAAGAACGCGGAGACCAUUGACGAGGAGGUGUCGCGGUUGGUCUGCUCCGACCCGAUCGCCGUGUGCCACAUACCCGAGGCGCUCAAGUAUCUGUGCACCACCAAGAACCUGCUCCAGGAGAGUCCCGACCUGGUCUACAUACUGUCCUGGUCGCCGGUGACGCCCAUACAAGCGCUGUCCUACUUCUCGCGGCAGUAUCCGUCGCAUCCGCUGACUGCCCAGUAUGCGGUGAAGACGUUGAGCUCAUAUCCAGCCGAAUCGGUGCUUCCAUAUAUACCGCAGCUGGUGCAGGCGCUGCGCCACGACACGAUGGGCUAUGUGGUUGAGUUCAUCAAGAACAUAUCGAAGCGCUCGCAGAUUGUGGCCCAUCAGCUGAUUUGGAACAUGCAGACGAACAUGUACAUGGACGAGGAUCAGCAGCAUCGCGAUCCCAACUUGUACGAGGCACUGGAUAUGCUCUCGCAGAACAUCAUUGCCUCCUUCUCGGGCGCCGCGAAGCGCUUCUAUGAGCGCGAAUUCGAUUUCUUUGGCAAAAUUACGGCCGUCUCCGGGGAGAUUCGCUCUUAUCCCAAGGGCAGCGAGCGGAAGAACGCAUGCCUGGCGGCACUCAGUCGGAUCAAGGUGCAAUCUGGCUGCUAUUUGCCAUCCAAUCCGGAGGCGAUGGUGCUGGACAUUGAGUACAGCAGCGGCACGCCCAUGCAGAGUGCUGCCAAAGCGCCGUAUUUGGCACGUUUCCGCGUCUAUCGUUGUGGCAUUACCGAGCUAGAGACUCGCGCCAUGGAGGUGUCCAAUAAUCCGAACUCGCAGGAGGAUGCCCAGAUGAAGCUCGGCGUGGAAUCGUGGCAGGCGGCCAUCUUCAAAGUGGGCGACGACGUGCGCCAGGACAUGCUGGCCCUGCAGGUGAUCACCAUAUUCAAGAACAUCUUUCAGCAAGUGGGCCUGGAUCUAUUCCUGUUCCCAUAUCGCGUUGUGGCCACAGCACCAGGCUGCGGCGUCAUAGAGUGCGUGCCCAAUGCGAAGUCGCGCGAUCAGCUGGGCAGGCAAACCGACUCCGGUCUAUCCGAGUACUUCCAACAUCAGUAUGGCGAUGAGAGCUCCAAAGAGUUUCAGGCAGCGCGAGCCAACUUCGUGAAGUCCAUGGCUGCUUAUUCACUAGUUGGCUAUCUGCUGCAGAUCAAGGAUCGUCAUAAUGGCAACAUCAUGAUCGACAAGGAUGGUCACAUCAUCCACAUAGAUUUCGGCUUCAUGUUUGAGUCGUCGCCCGGCGGCAACAUUGGCUUUGAGCCUGACAUGAAGCUGACUGACGAGAUGGUCAUGAUCAUGGGUGGCAAAAUGGAGGCGCCGGCCUUUAAGUGGUUCUGUGAGCUGUGCGUGCAGGCCUUCCUGGCGGUGCGGCCCUAUCAGGAUGCGAUCGUGUCGCUGGUCUCGCUAAUGCUCGACACUGGGCUGCCUUGCUUCCGCGGCCAGACGAUCAAUCUGCUGAAGCAACGCUUCGUGGCCACCAAAAACAACAAGGAGGCGGCCGCCCACAUGUUGGCUGUCAUACGUAACUCGUAUCAGAACUUCCGUACGCGUACCUACGAUAUGAUCCAGUACUAUCAGAAUCAGAUACCCUAUUAGUGGAUUGGUGGGACGAAUUUCGGAUUUUGGGAUUUGGUAUUUUUGGGACUUAUGUGGGAUUUCAUGUUAGCCAAAUGCUGUAUUAUUAUAAUAAUAUUAUUGUUUUUUAUGUAUACUAUUAUUAUAUUUUAUGUCCUUUGCGUUUCUGUUUUGUAUUUAAUAGCUGUUAAAUUUUUCGAAGGUUUUACGAUUCAUACUAAAUCAAUUAUAGGGCAAUAUGUUGUACAAUGUAUUUGUUACCUACAUAUAUACGUAUACAAACAAACAUACAUAUAUACUACUUAUAUACGAUACUAACGAUAAAACACUGGCCCCAUAUUUGCGAGUUGGCCAAUAUAUUUCCAUAUACAGAACAUACUUAUUGAACUACUUGUAAUCAUAACCACUGUGUAAUUGUAAUAUCCACAUA